AUGCCUAGAUCGAAACCCAUAUACGUGUACAACGAGUCACUAGAGUUGACUCACGUUUUUAGCAGCUUGAAAGAUGCGAGCUUCUCGCUUACUAACAUUGACGAUACGAGAUCUCUUCGCCGUUUUGCCGACACUGGCAAAUUGUUCAGAUGGCGGUGGUACAUAUAUUCAACGUGUUUUGAUGCGAAAACGCUCAAUCACGCAAGGUCCUUUGGAGACAAAGCUUCUUUCGAAUUGGCGAGAUUAAGUUUGCCUAUAAAAAGAACUUCUCCGAUUUAUAUUUAUGAUAGCAAGUUAAACCUGAUCAAAAUUGCGAAGUCGGUCAAGGAGGCUGCUUCGUAUUUCGAUGUUUCUAAACAACGCAUCUGCGAUAAUCUAUUCAGGAACAAGAAGUUUGUAUUAAAUGUAUUAGGCAAAAUGAGAAGUUAUCAUUUCACACAAAGACCGAUGCAAAUCAAUCCCUCUGAGAUCGAUGGACAUGAACCCAGCGAAAUAGCUCUCGGUGAAAAUCGUUUGGCCGGCGAUUCCUCCACAACGAAGGGUGACGGCGGCGUCUCCGCACCCAUCGAUCUUGAAAACGUCCCCGGAUCAAGCAGUAAUAAUGUAGGAGACGAUGAUGCUUCCACAGUAAAUAAUCCAUCGGAUAACCACAUGACCAUUGAUGAGGCCGGUGAUAGUGAGCAUAAUUUGUGGGUUACACUUUACAACAAACGAUUUUUAAUUUCCGUAGACAUCAUCCACACGGGGGAUCGCAUAAUGAAUCGUCCGUUAAACCAAAAGUCUACUGCUUCUGGUGAAUAUGAAAUGCCAAAUUUGGAUAGUAACGAGAGGUGGGAUGGUCACGAUCUGAAUUCGGCGAACGAAUUCGGUGAUACAAACGCCUGUGAAGAUGAAUCAUCGACAUCCUUACUUGCAUCCCUAUCUGAAUUUGACGAUGCAAAUGUGAAUGAUUCGUUGACUCCGCUAUCCUUGCCGGAACCAGUAGGUGACCUGGAUUUUCACUUUGUAACAAUUUUUGUUUUCGUCAUUAAUCACUCGACAUUAUAG